AUUUCUGCUUGGAUCACAGUCAGUUGUCGGUUGGCACUCGUCGCGCGAAUGUGGUUUAACUUUUUUUACCUGGCUCGAGAAUAGUUUGAUCCCUUCGUAUUUUGGCGCGCGUGGACGCUACUUUCGUUGACGGCUUUCGACCAAUAAUUUUUUAUUGUACAUGAUUCAUUUCUAUUAGUUUAGAUUAUUGUAGCUGAAUCGAGAUCUUCGUACGAUCCCCACCGUUAUUCAGAUCAUCACCAUCGUACCUGUCGGAUCAGUUUCAACCAACGGCGAUCGUACUAAGAAGUGCAUUAUCAAGUGAAAUUUAUCGAUUUUUCUAGAAUUUUAGAAAUAUCAAUACCAAUAGUUUGAACAAAACUAGAAAGGACCACACAAAAGUGACAAAGAAAAGAAAAACCCUUAAUGCAUAGUGGUUUUUCUAGGGAAAUUCGAUAAUAAAACGGUUGGUCACGAGAUCUAUUAGCUCGCAGUGACCUUGACAGAGUGUGAAUUACGAAUCGGCACGUCAUCAUCUAACGAUUGUGGGAAAAAGAGUGAGAAAAUAUUGAAAUCGGUUUCAAUUGUUGCGCUGCCCCAGCGCUGAUAUCGUUCAGUGCGAGUUUUGCACCUGUUGGCAGUGGAACUAGUUGGAGUAAAAUAACGAAUUCAAACUCCAAUUAAAGAACAAUCUGUAGUAUGCGACAAUCGCAGUAAACUUGUGACGGGCCCAAUAAACGAAGAAUUACUCCUGCAAUCAUGGCCUACUACGGUCGUUGUGUAAAAAUGCCUAAAAAUAAGUUAAAGGCAUGCACUUUUUGCGUGUUGCUAUGCUUGGCCAACGUGAUCGAUAUAAGUGAGGCGCGUAAAGUGGCGACCGGGCGCGUCACAAAGCCAACCGCCAAUCGGGGGUAUGCGAGUGCGGACAUUGCUAAGUUGAGUUACACGCCCAAUCAUGCAGCAGUGCCAGCUAAGACCGCACCGGCUCCGGCACAGCAAACUCCAAUCGGCUGGAAUGUACAAAACAGUAACAAUGCGCCUCCACCAUACUCGGCUGUUUCAAACCAUGGGCCACCUCCGCCAUACUCCGCGCAACCCAAUCCUAAUUUGAACAGCAGAUUCAAUGAACCACCUCCAGCAUAUGCUCAGGGUAAUCCGGGAUUCCCGCCGGCUCCUAACUAUCAGAACAGUCAGCCAGGGUUUGGAGCAGGAUUAGGAGCUGGAGCAGUUGGUGGUGUUGUGGCUGGAAGUGCUUUUCAUCAUCAUGGCCACAACGCCUCAUCAGGGGGAGGCUUUUCAGCGGUACCCAAUCAAGGAUAUCCUCCUCAAUCAGUACAAGGUUUUCCAGGAGCACCUGCUGCACAACCCGGUGGCGGAUUUCCAGGAGCUCCAAUUGCGCAACCUGGUGCUGGUUUCCCUGGUGCUGCACAACCAGGCGCUGGAUUCUCUGGCGGCUUUCCACAACAUAAUGAUUUCCAACAUGGUGGAUAUCCUCAGCAACCUGGUUAUCAGCCUGCGCCGGGUGGUUUCCAGCAGCAACCAGGUACGGUCAUUCAUCAUUAUGAGCAGCCAUCUUCUGGGGGUAGCGGGUUAGGUACGGUUCUUGGAGCAGGAGUCGUGGGUCUUGCUGCUGGCGCUGGUGGUGCUGCUAUCUACGAUGCACUCAAGCCUAAAGAUGAAGCUAAAGAGGCACAUGCGGAACCAACAACAACCACUACAACUACCACAACCACAUUGGCACCAAUCAACCCUAAUGGUGAUGCACCACUAGCACCAAUGCCAACGAAUCCCAACGGUGACGCGCCCUUGGCACCGAUGCCAGUCGUUCCACCCAAUCCCAACGGUGACACCCCUCUAGCACCAAUGCCUGCUUCUGAUACAACAACCGUAUCUGCCGCGUCAGAAACCACCUCCGAUGGUACCACAACCGAAAACCCUCUGGGAUCAGCCCCUCUGGCGACAUUCCCUGUCUCUGAAAACAGUGCUUCCGCGAAUACGACAUCCGCUGAAACUAGUAGUACGGCUGCGACCUCUACGGUAGCAGUUGAAGCCCCCAACGCUGCACUCAACGUUCAACCGAACCAGGCGGCACCCGCCGCAACAGCUUCCCAACACAGUGACUCCGCGGGCGGCCGAGUGCAGCUAUCAAUACUGGCACUUCUAGCUCCGGUGAUUUGUAAAUUUCUACUUUAGUUUGUCAUAAAAAGAAACGUCGAUAAAAUCCUGGCGAUUCCUAAAUAUCGAAACAUAGAAAAAUGAUUUUGAAUCAUUCCAACAAACGAUCAGGCUGAGUUAGUUAACUAGUAGUAUUGAAACAACAAUUGGUUCGACUAUUUGUUUGAAGAUUUUAUGAAAAAUCGAGUGAUUACCUCUAUAAUUAUGUAAAAUUUGAGCCAGACGUUGUGCCUUAGAAUGAUAGGCCUCUGUUAAGUUGAUGUAGUGAUAAGUUUAAAACUGAAUAAAACCAAACUGGAAACAA